GGGCCGCGGCGAGCGCCCGCCCCUUUCUUGCCGCCCCGCCCCGCGCCUCCGCCGGCCGGGUUGCUCUCCGCUACCUCAUCGUCCUGCCGACACCCGGUGUAUGCUGAGCCGUUGCGACCUCCGGCUGCUGCACCUCCUGGGCCUUAGCUUCCCGCUGCUGACCCGCCGGCCGCUAUUCCUCUGCCCUCACCGCCUCAUGAAGCCGCUGGUUGUGUUUGUCCUCGGCGGUCCUGGCGCCGGCAAGGGGACCCAGUGCGCCCGCAUCGUCGAGAAAUAUGGCUACACACACCUUUCUGCAGGAGAACUUCUUCGUGAUGAAAGGAAGAACCCAGAUUCAGAAUAUGGUGAACUCAUUGAAAAGUACAUUAAAGAUGGAAAGAUUGUGCCAGUUGAGAUAACCAUCAGUUUGUUAAAGAGGGAAAUGGAUCAGACAAUGGCUGCCAAUGCUCAGAAGAAUAAAUUCUUGAUUGAUGGAUUUCCAAGAAAUCAAGACAACCUUCAAGGUUGGAACAAGACCAUGGAUGGGAAGGCAGAUGUAUCUUUCGUUCUGUUUUUUGAUUGUAAUAAUGAGAUCUGUAUUGAACGAUGUCUUGAGAGAGGAAAGAGCAGUGGUAGGAGUGAUGACAACAGAGAGAGCUUGGAAAAGAGAAUUCAAACCUAUCUUCAGUCAACAAAGCCAAUUAUUGACUUAUAUGAAAAAAUGGGGAAAGUCAAGAAAAUCGAUGCUUCUAAAUCUGUUGAUGAAGUUUUUGAUGAAGUUGUGAAGAUUUUUGACAAAGAAGGCUAACUGUGAACUUGAAAGCGUCCUUGAAAUCAUGCUUGAAUAUUGCUUUGAUAUAGCUGCUAUCACAAUCCCUUUUUAAGGCAAUUUUAAUCUUUCAUAAUUACAUAACAGUUAAUGGCUAGUAAGUAAGACAAAUUAAAUUUUUUAUCUUUUUUUUGGUUAUAGGAGUAGUCAGUGAAUUCGGGUCUAACUUCAUCUUAGCUAUGGUGCUCACAAAACAAAGAAGGGUAUUAGCUAGUUUGUUUUUAUUUAAAAAAGAAUAUCCCUUUUAUUGUUUGUGCCUUCUGUGAGCAUAACUUUUUAGUAUAUGCGUAUAUCCCUUUAGUUAUUACAAUAUGUCAGGAUUAGGGAUUCCUUACUUCCUCUUUUUCUUGCAGGUUUUAAAUUUCCAACCUGUUAAGUGAAUUUGUGGACCAAAUUCCAAAGGAACUUUUUGUGUAGUCAGUUCUUGCACAAUGUGUUUGGUAAACAAACUCAUACAAUGAAGUCCUAGAUGUGUUUUCAUACUUAUCAAAUAACUGACCAUUUCCUAUAGAAAGGUAAGAAAACUUAGGCUUCCUUUUACUACAACUUGUACAAAGUUGUGUGACGGGGCAUAGUCUUUGCUUCCAGGGAUUCGGAUGGUGACAAUGGGGGUUCAGAGCCUGGCAGAAUUGUCAGCUUUAUUCUGACAUAAAUCUGAGGUUAAGGGGCAAGGAUCACAUUUAAUGACGUAUUUCUUAUGCUCCAUUAUAUAGUGUUAUUAAUGAUUAAACUAAUCUUAACAAAAUUCCUAGCAGUGGAACCUUGAAAUGCAUGUACUAGGUUUAUGGUAAAAUGGGGUUGUUUUUGUUUGUUUUCUAGGCUAAAUAUAAGGUUAGUAUAAAGUAGAGGCAAUCUAAUGGUUAAGUUUCCCAUUUGUAUUUUAUUUUCUUGAAUACUUUUUUUUCAUAGUUAUUUGUUUAAGAAGAUUUAAAAAUCAUUGCACUUUGGUCAGAAAAAUAAUAAAUAUAUCUUAUAAAUGUU